UUGAAUCGAAUUGAACUCAACAUGGGUGGUAAUAGGUGCUGUGCGUCAUACGUUGCGCAGCCCGCUGCGCUGCUCUCUGUGUUUUUUGUGCUUAAGACAGACGGUGGAGGAGAAGCUGAUUUUGAAAUCCUCGGCAGGAUUUGUGUCUUGUUUUGGCUGAGGUAGAGCGGUCCACCUGCUGCAGCCGAAGGAGGCAGACCUGGUGACUGAAUGACCGGAGCUGCGGUGGGACUUCAACUCUGCUCUGCUUCGAAGACGCCGCACGUUUCUGAACGAGACAAUUUUUCCUCUGACAUGUGUGGAGGACACAGCGACUGGAUUCCUGCGCUGACGCUUUCUUUAUCGAAGAGCAGAAACUGAGCCGGAGGUGCGACAGCGGACACAUCAGCGACCCUUCAUGUCCACCCCGUCAGGUGAUGGAGGCUGGCCUGUAAGGAUCUAAUUCCACUCGGUCCAGGUGUGGGCGGACAGGGAUUUGGCAGGAAUUUCGCCAAAAUUACGACGGGAAUCAAGUACAGUUCACUGUCUCCCGGUACCGGGGGAGACCAUCGGCCGCUCGUCAUGUCUCGCGUCAAGGAGCGACUGAAAGCCGGGAAGGAGACGAAGGACAGUGUCACUCUGCUGCCGUGCUUUUAUUUUGUGGAGCUCCCCAUCCUGGCCUCCUCUGUUGUCAGUCUUUAUUUUCUGGAGCUGACUGAUAUUUUCCAGCCGGUGCAUUCUGGGUAUACUUGUAAUGACCGCAGCUUGUCGUUGCCCUACAUCCCGCCCAGACAGGAAGUGUGUCCACUCUCUUUGCUCUUCAGCUUGGCCUUUGCAGCUCCAACAGUCACAAUCCUGAUAGGAGAAGCCAUCCUGUACUGCUAUCUGUCCAGGAGGUCGUCAACCACUCAGACUGAAGCUAACAUCAACGCCGCAGGCUGUAAUUUCAACUCCUACAUUCGCAGAGCUGUCCGCUUUAUAGGCGUCCAUAUCUUUGGCCUGUGUGUGACGGCUCUAAUAACGGACAUCCUCCAGCUGUCCACUGGGCAGCAUACGCCCUACUGGCUGGAUGUGUGCAAACCCAACUUGACCCACAUUAAUAUGUCGAGCUGUGAUGAAGCCUUCAUUCUGGAGGAUAUCUGUUCUGGACCGGACCUGGGACUCAUCAAUGCUGGGAGGAAGUCUUUCCCAUCCCAGCAUGCCACACUGGCUGCCUUUGCUGCUGUCUACAUCUCCAUGUACUUCAACACAGUGCUGACAGACUCAGCCAAGCUACUGAAGCCUCUGCUGGUCUUCUCUUUCGUCAUGCUGGCCAUCCUGGCCGGAUUGAUCCGGAUCAUUCAGUUCAGAAACCACCCUGUGGAUGUGUACUGUGGCUGGUUACUGGGAGCUGCCAUCGCUGUUUAUUUGGGUGUAUACGCAGUAAGCAACUUCAAGCCAAGUGAAGAUCGCUGCAGAAGUCAACUGAAUCCUCCCGUUCUUAGAGAGCGAUCCCUCUCUUCCCUCCCCAAUGUCAGCCAAUCAGCAACCAGCAACAGCCACCAAGUCCACCACACCCUGGCCCCCAGCCCACCAAAGCCCAUCAUUACAAGGACCUCCUCCCACACUUUGGCCCCUGACCAUCCAGUACCCAUCCUAACCCGAAGCUCCUCCUAUCGGGAGCCAUCCAUGAGCAAUCUGAAGAGAGCCAGUGCUGAUGUGGAGGUGAUCACUCAGUCCAGUCCACCUGGAAACCGUGACAACAUGAUGACCUUCAGCAGCAGCACACUGCCAAGGUCCCAUGGAGGCUCCUCUGUGGAGGAAGGCCGUAUCCCACGACGACAUGCCUCCAUCCACACCUCCAUGGACUCCACCAGAUCCAAGCAGCUGCUCAGCCAAUGGAAGAACAAGAAUGAUAACAGGAAGCUGUCGAUGCAGGUGAUGGAUGGAAUAAGGCCGCUUCCUUCCUCUUCUCCGCAGAGGAACAUGGAGUUCCGUUGCUCCUCCGAGCCGUGUGCAAUGGGCCUGGAGGCGGAGCUCCGGGCUGGAGCCCACAUACCUUCAUCCUCAAGCCAGGAAGUGGAGAUGCGUGCUGGGGCCCAUAUCCCGGCGCAGUACAUGAAAUUAGCAGCAAGCUCUGUCCCUAUUAGCAAUCAUAAUCACCUGGCACAUAAUGGCAGCACCGGAAUGGCCGGUGGGGCCAGAGUCUCCAUGCAGCCUCGUCCUGGAUCCUCCCAGCUGGUUCACAUUCCUGAGGAGGAAAAUCCUAACAGCAAGGAUCAGGAGAGUGAAUCAGAGGACAGCAUGAUGGACGGCGGAGGGUCAGUGAGAGAAAAAUGGCUGAGAGUGGCUGAGAAGACCACCCUUCCUUGCAGACCACUGAGUGCUGGAGGACAGCCUCGUCUAAUGCAGGUCAUAGCCUUGUCCAAACAGCAAGGUCUCCUUCACUCUCCUCGUUCUGAAGAUGGUGGAUCUAUUCGGUACAGAGCGCUGACAGAUCAAGAUCCAUCUCCUCCGGCCUCUACCACUGGGGCAAUAGGAGUUGGAGGAAGUGGUUUGGAAAGAAGUGGCAGCAUAGUUCGUGUAGAAGCUCAUCCUGAAUCCAGACAAAAGCCUGUGGUGAAACCUCCAAGCACAGAUGGCAGUGGAUCAUGGCGAUGGAAACCGCCGGAACAAAGAGCAUCCCUGCGACAGUCAACGUUUGCCCUGAAUGACCUAAACAGACACACAGACAGCUGCGACUCCCUGAGAGAUGGAGGUUCAGUGGAUGGAAGGAGGAGCGUGACAGGGACUGAAUCAGAGAGUGAAGGUGGGGGGGAUGUAGGGAGUGGAGUUGGAGGUGCAUACUCCAAUCAUCCACGUGUGAUGCACCCUUUGCACCCCUUACACCAAAAUAAUCCUAAUAACUACCAGCAUCACAAUUUUAACCCCAACAAUCCCAAUAAUCCAAACUUUAACAAUGUUCAUCCAAAUUUUAACCCCAGCUCCAACAACUCCAACAUGUCUUUUCCUUCCACCGUCACCUUUGCUCCUCCCUUCCACCCUCACCCCCAAGCCGUCACCACUAUCAGGGUGACCCCCGUGGAGACGACAACUGCUAGCAGUGACGGAGGUUCAGACAGCCAGUCAGUGGCCUCGUCCAGCCGGGAGUCCACUCUUCGAAGAAAGGGCAGCACCAAUGUUGUUCAUGUCCAAGACCGAGGGCCCACCCCGGAUCUCCAUAACAACCACCGCCCCAGUGAUGACAGCAACCGCCUUGACAAUGAGAGCAGUAACCGUUUCCAUGAAAACCUUCGAAAUUUUCAAGAAAAUCCAAUCCAGCCUAAUUUCCCCAACAGGCAGAUGCAGGUCGUGUUUGGUCGUCCAAGCCCAACUCCUCCCCCUACUCUGCCCCGCCCCCUCCUGACUCAUACUCCACCUCCUACUCUGGGGCUGGCCUAUAAAGAAUGAGUCAUCCAUCUGUACCUGUGUUUCAAACAAUGUGACCCGUUUGCGACUGCUGUUGAGACCAAAACUUGUAAGAGUGUGGAAUCGUAUCUAUCCACUGUCCGGGAUCAAGACUGGGAAUGUUUCCCUCUCCCACAACAGUGAGUAUUCAACCAGUUCCAACCAACUCCAUCAGUUGUGAAUUUUAUAGCCUGGGCUCUAUGUGUAAGAGUUUGAGCCCAUUCUUCAUUGUGCUAUUAUUAUUAUUUAACUUUAUACUUAAAUCAAUGCCUGUUGGAGAGACUGGAUAACUUUUGCCAAACAGUGACUUCAUAGGCACAUACACAAUGGGCUGAACAAACUGAGUGAUGCUAGUGUACGAGGGAACCCAGAUCUCCAGCCGCUCUCCUCCUUUUACACCUGUGAGUUUGACGCUGACUGGAUUCACAUACAAUCAUUUACAAAUUUAUCAGCUUUUAUACUCUUACUAAACAAACCAACAACUUGUGAACAUUACAGAGUGAGCAAAUGAUCUACAUCCUACGGCCACCCCUGUGAUGUUUUUGUGUGUGAAUCUGCAGCCUGAAAUGAAUCUUCAGUGUGAGUAGGCUGCAGUCCUGAGUGCAGUCAGAGCAGUAACAGUAUCUUAUAGGUGACUGUGGUAUUGUGUUUGUGGUGGCAGAGAUCAAUAAGUUACAUAUUGUGUUAAAUAUACAGUAAAACAUGCUCUCUUCAUUCUUUUUAGAUGCAACAUUUUAAUUUUGUGAAUAUGAUUUGCUGCUGAUCUUAGUGUUGUUGGUGCUUUGACAUGUGGAGUGUGAAUGAUCUAAAUCCACUGAAACAACAACCAGGCCAAAGACUAAACCCAAGACGUAGAGAUACAAAUUACACAUUAUGAUUCAGAAAGAUUCAUUUAUUGUAAAAAUCUACAUAUAGUUUAGGGGACAUAGUAUUAUGGGAAAUGUAAUUUUAUUUUUUUAAAAUUAUAUAAUUUUUCAAUAUGAUUUUAAAACUAACAAUCCAUAACACAUCAGAAUUCCUGUUCAAAAUGAUAAUUAAACAGUAAUUAUAGGCAGCAAUUUCUUUACCUGUCUAUAAUUUUGGAUCCAUAACAAGCUUUUGAUGUUAAUGUGUUUAUAGCACCAAAAUGAAUACGACAGUUUAUCUUUAAUGUAAAAGUCAACUUGUUAGUUGUUUUUAGUGAAUUUUACACACCUAGACCUUUUUUGCUAUUUCAACAUCAUUACAAUUAAUACUAAUAAUUACUAUGUAGUUGUACAUAUAUUAAUAUCAAAAAUGUUCAGUAUGGCUCUGUUGGUUCUCUACUCACUAGGACUGCACAAUAUAUCACAACUGUAUUAUCAUCAAAAUAUCAGUGUGCUCAAUAUUCGUAUCACAAAAAAAUGUUUGGACAGCAGUAAUUGUUGGGUAAUAUAUUUUACAAGUUGUAUUUUUUAUGUUAAUUCAUUAUUUUGCCAGUAGGACAAAGUCUGGUCAGCAAAAGGUCAAACCAGACAAAGAGAUCACAGAGUAAGCACAGAUUUGAAAGAGAGGAAAGAAGAAAACAGGCACCUGAUAUCAUCAUCACAAUAUUUACCAAAAUUCAAAUGAUUGCCAUCAGUAGAUUUUAUAAUAUUGUGCAGCCCUUGUACUCAAACCCACCUAGUCCUGUUUUAAACCUGAAGAACCAAAAUGUGAAACUUUGUUAGUAACACGAGAGACGAUGAACAGACCAGAUCAACAGUCUGCUGCAGAACAUUAUGGUUUAUGAAAAACGCUUCAAGCUUUAUGUUGCCAUCAUUCAACAGUGAGGCAUUAUGUAGCUGGUUCUACAUCAAUCAUAUCCUCCCUUCCUUUUAUCGUUUUUCCUUCUUUCUUUUCUUUGUUGCUUCCUUCCUUCUUUCCUAUAGUCACAGAUCUCAUGUGAUAUUAUUGCAGUAUUUACUGAUAUCAUCCUAUCACAACAUUUUCUAGUAUUGUGCAACCCUAAUGUGAACUCCAUGCAGAAAAUACCCAGGUAGGGGUUUGAACCCAGAAGCUUCUUGCUGUGAGGCAACAGUGCAGCUCCAGCAGUGAUCACAUCAGUACAGCCUUUUAAUUUUAAUGGUAGGAUAAAUUCAGCAGGUAUAAAUCCUUCAAUGAUUUUUUUUUCUUUUUGCUGGUAAGCCAGCUUGUCCACAGACAUGAUCUGUUUUCACACUCCUGUUUUACUUCCUGCCAAAGUGCCAUCAAAGAAGGCUUGUACAGUCAGUGCAGUAUGUUCAUCGUUUUAUUGAAACGUCCUUGGAAACAGAAAUGCUGUCAUGUUUGGGUUGUUUGAUAUUUUAGAAAACACAGUUGAAAGAGCUGCUUAUGUAUAAAAAUACAAUCUCCUUCUCUCACAGUCUGACAUUUAUUCAGAUAAAAGGGUUCUUGGUCACUUAGGAUCACUAUAAAGACUGAGAUGCUUUAGUUUUGAUUUUUUUUAAACAUAUUUUACAUUGAAAGGCUUUGAUAUAUUUCCUCAGUAUUGAGUAGAAUUCUCUGUUAGGUUUUUUUGAUGUGGGUCAAAAGUUUCUGGUAACUUUUCUCAGUCUCAGACUGGUUUGCCUUUACAGUCCAUUCUCUCUGACAAACUGGAGCUGAGUCAUGUUUGUAGGCUGCCUUGCUCCACACAGCUUUAUGGUUCUGCCCAGUAAUAUUUUGGAGUUCAUUUGUCUCUUUGGGUCACUGUGUGUUUGGAAGACCCAUAUCUACCCAAGUUUUAACUUCCUGGUUGAUCUUUUGAGAUGUUGCUUCAAUAUUUCCCCACAGCAGUUUUUGUUCAUCAUCAGUUAUUUUGAACAGUGCACCUGCAGAAUAACAAUCACACAGCAUGACACUGCCACUCCCAUACCUCAAAGUUGGCUUACAAACUUCCACCUUUUUACUUCAGAUGUUACAAUGGUCAUUAUGGUCAAAUACAUCAACUCUAGUUUGAUCAGACCUGAACAUGUUGCCAGAACCUAAAGCGUUUAUCCCAGAAUGCAUCUGCAAACCGAAAUAUCAUCAGCCAUCGCCAGCAUCUUCACCAGAUCUCCUACUUUUGUUCUGGGGUUGAUGCACACAUUUCACACCAGGUCCUUCCUGACUGGUGUUCAGACUCAUCAAUGAUAGUUUAAAUAAAUGAACCUGGCACCUUCAAGCCAUGGAUGAACCAGAUUUUCAGUUGGCUGAUUUCUUUGGAUUUCCCCAUGAAAACACACAUUAAACAGUUUGUUUGAGACGCAACUCAGAUGUUGUGAAUUAACCUUUAAAUCAAUAGCCUUUAAAAGCACAGCCUCAUCAAAUGUUAUGGUUAGACAAAUUCUUAUGUAUAGAAACUUUGAACAUGAGGCUAGAUAGAAUUUCUCUAAAGAAGCCUUUCUCAUUACUCUGGAGUUCAGCAAAUAGAAAUAAUUUUGUCUGAUUUAAUGUCAGUGAGAAAAUGACUUUAAUGUUUUAUAUAGUAUGCAAGUAUCAGGUGUUGGCUGUGACAGAUAAUAGACAGAAUACAGUAGAUAUGUAUAAUUGCUGAUUUGUAUAUUAUGAUUUUUAUAGGCUUUUGCUGAGAUGUUAGUUUGCUUAUUAUGAAAUUUUAGCUGUUAUGAUGAGACUUAUAUGAUGAUAAUGCGCUGUCAGUAUGUGUUGAUGUAUUUUUAACUUCAUCCAAAAGAGUUAAAGGAAAAAAUAUUUCAUCUUUUAUUACAUAGUGGGCAUUAUUUUAGAAGCAUGGCUGAAUGUGUUUUAGCAGCUACACAGCUUGAGUCUAGUCAGUGAAGGAUGGGCUUCAAAUAUCCUGAGCACUCAACAAAAAAGCACAUUGUUGUGCUAACCUUUGACCUGUCUGAUGUUUUGCAGUUGUUAGAUUAUACAAAGGAUUUUAUAUAAAACUGGUUCUAUUGUCCUGAAUCAAAACAUGAUCAUCAUGUGAUGAAAGGAGUUGGAGCCCCUAAACUCUGAAAACGGAAAGGAGGAAAGAAAAGAGUGAUGGCAGUCUAUCAUUAUCCAACUGGGAGGAUGGAGAAGCUGGGGGGCAGCGAUCCAUAGUCCGGGUGGAGCCAGAGGCAGCGCAUGGUCCAGGUUCUAAUGGAAGGAAACAUGAAUGAUGUUUAAUGAAGUGAGAUGGAAACAUGUUGUAGUCCUCUUAAGAGCAUGUGGAGGUGGGUGGUGGUUGAGAACUCUUUUUUUAUUGUUUUAAUUUAAUUUUUCAAAUAUUUUUAGGCUCUAGUGAACUUUAUUGAUUAAUACAGGAACUAGGGAGGAGACAGAAGGGCAAGACAAGCAGCAACAGGUCUGAGAUAAGGAAUGGAAGCAGGGACAACUGCAUCAAGCACCACAACCUCUGGUCAUGGUGCACACUCCUCCCUGACACCAGAACCACCCUGAGCCACCAGAACCACCCUGAGCCACCAGAACCACCCUGAACCAUCAGAACCACCCUGAGCCACCAGAACCACCCUGAACCAUCAGAACCACCCUGAACCACCAGAACCACCCUGAGCCACCAGAACCACCCUGAACCAUCAGAACCACCCUGAACCACCAGAACCACCCUGAGCCACCAGAACCACCCUGAACCAUCAGAACCACCCUGAACCAUCAGAACCACCCUGAACCACCAGAACCACCCUGAACCAUCAGAACCACCCUGAACCAUCAGAACCACCCUGAACCAUCAGAACCACCCUGAACCAUCAGAACCACCCUGAACCAUCAGAACCACCCUGAACCAUCAGAACCACCCUGAACCACCAGAACCACCCUGAACCACCAGAACCACCCUGAACCACCAGAACCACCCUGAGCCACCAGAACCACCCUGAACCAUCAGAACCACCCUGAACCAUCAGAACCACCCUGAACCACCAGAACCACCCUGAACCACCAGAACCACCCUGAGCCACCAGAACCACCCUGAGCCACCAGAACCACCCUGAACCAUCAGAACCACCCUGAACCAUCAGAACCACCCUGAACCACCCUGAACCAUCAGAACCACCCUGAACCACCAGAACCACCCUGAACCAUCAGAACCACCCUGAACCACCAGAACCACCCUGAACCACCAGAACCACCCUGAACCACCAGAACCACCAGUUAGCCAGGAUCUUCUAUAGUAAAGCAGUCAGAGAGUCAUGUCAGGUCACUGACCCGAACAUAGGAAUGUUCAGGAAUACACUGAUCAUCUUUAAAGAAUUUAGAGCGUCUGGGAAGUAGAAAACAGCAGAAAAAACUUCUUUGCAAACUACUAGCAGCACAUCAGCAUCAUGGGGAAGAUUUAGCUCAUUCACUGGAAUCCAUCAGUUCUGAUAGUUCAUGUGGAGCGUCUUCAUCCAGUGUGAUGCAGGUCUUAACAGAACCAGUAUUCAUUUUCUAAUGCUUGAACACUAAUAUAGAGAAAGGAAGUUAUUAUACAGAAUGUCAAAAGGAAGCAUUUAUCUUAAAAUAUAUAGAACUUAAAAGUGUUCAAGUUUGUUUACAAAUCAAGAUGUAUUUUAAUAAGUUUAAAAAUAUUGAUAUUUUCUUUUAUGCUUAUUUAGCUAAAAAAAAAUUCUAUUAGAGAUAAUACAUAGAUUGUUGGAGUGCCCUACAAGACCAGCACUCUGUCUAGAAGGUCCAGUUUUAUUUAGGAUCUAUAAUGAAUGUUAGCAGCAUACAAUCCUGGUGAAGAUGAACGACUCCAGUUUGCUAGUUUGAAAUAUUUCUCAAAAAGUGCAAUUUUUUCAAACAUGUAAUUCUAACAUUUUGAAGUUUAGUUUUUCACAGUUGCAUUUACGUAUUUUUACAUUAAUAUUAUAUGUGAUAAUGGGCAAAAACUACUUCUGGUGCUGUCUCCAAACUGUGCCGUUAAAACCACUGCAAAAAAAGAGCAAACCAAGAGUACCUUUUUGUUGUUUUUGCAAAUCUUUAUAAAUAAGAGAAUAACUGCUUUAUCAGUCAUAAUUGGAGGGCAUACCACAAAUCCAAUGUUUCUCACUCUUCAGAACACUCACUCGACAUCACAUGGAGUGUAAUUUUGUUUAACUUGUAUAGUUCUGAGAUUGAAAAUAAAAGUGAGUUUAUGUGUACACAUCCCACACAGUUCAAAUCUCUUUUAGACAGACUCUGAAGUACAUUUGAGCUAUUUGCAGGUAGCUGUGGUCCAUAACUUCCAGCAAUACUGGGGACACUGUACCCUAUGCAUACGUUUAUCCUUCUGUAUGGUUCUGCAGAAAGGAAAGAAUAUUUUGAUAAAUGUUAGUAAAUGUGAUUUCUAAUCAAGCCAUGAUGUGAUCUAGUCAUUUAUAACCCGACACAUGAAUCCCUCAGAGUAUUUGAUUAUAUUUGAUAUUUGCUUGAGUUUCAGGUUGUACCUGUAGUUGUAAUUAUUUAUGCUUUCAGCAGGAUGUUGUUGAAAAUCUCCUUGCUUAUCAACUACUGUUCAAUGUAAAUGUAAAGAAAUUUGAAUUCAAAGCCUAAAGUUAUUUGUCAAUGGAAACUUAUGUCCAUUUAUUUGAUGUUGUGAAAUGUUAUUGACCUUAUGUACCAUUUCUUUUUCUGGAAUAUAACAUUUAAAGUCAGACUGUACUGGCACAAGUCUGAACAAUCUGGAAGCACAACUUAGAUCCACACAAGAAGUGAGUCGACCCCAAAACAUUCCAACAAAUCUCACUUAUUGACUGGAAAUUCAUUGAGCUGUCCUUGACUUAAAAAUGGAUUGAGUUUGCCGUUUAAAAUGUUGAUCAAUUUCCAACUUUAUGACAUGAGAAGCAUUUUAAAGAGCUGAUUACAUGUCUGUGGCCCAUCCUUGAGUCUGAACUGCUUUCCAUGUCGUUGCUAUGGAGCUGCAUUAUUAAUAUCAAACGUGUAAGUAGUUUUAUCAAAUGUUUACAGUUCAUUUCUUAAUUUCAUCUUUCUCUCUUUCAAACCACGGUGAGAGCUUUUCUGUAGGAACCUUUGGUGUCCUGGACGGUUCCGCACAAACAUACAUACUUCAUACUACCUAUUGUUCCAAAGUAAAUGACACUGAAAGUGAAUGGUUCAGAGAAAAUGAUUUAAAUACUGCGUAUUUCUAAUACGUUGUGUUUUUUCUUUCAAUGGCUUGUAGUAUUAAACAGUACGUAGAUAUUUCUCUUAGUGUAUUGCUUUUAUUUACUCUGGCUAAAUGUGAAUAUUUGCCAUAGCAACUAUACAGUGUUGCUAUGUCAGGGUGGGGACCGGCUCUCCGGUCAGGCCUGUAGUGAGCUAUGAAGGGAUUGCUGUAACCGUCUGAGAGCAUCAGGUCCUUCUAACACCAACAUUAGUUCAUCAGCAGAGCUCUGUGGAAUCUGACUGCAUGCAGCUGAACCAUUUCAGCGUGUAGGACAAGGGACACAUGUAAAGGUUUCAGGACACGGCCCUUAAAAAGACUGCAGUUCCUAGUUGCUGCAUAUUUCAUCUUUGAGGUUUUUACAUUCGAUUGGAUGCCAAAUCGAAUUCGGUGGGUCUUGGCCUUAACAGUAUGUCUCAGUAGAUUUGAUGUUACUGAAUUGUGUCUUCUAGUGAAAAUGUUUUUAUUGCGCUUGGAUGCUUGAAAUAAAGAGAGUUCCAUUGCUAUUUGUUCUACUUUAGGCACAUGUAGCAAAAUGGCACUGGGUUUCAGAUUUGAACCUUGAACAUGAUCCCAGGUCCAAGUUCCACAUUCUGAAGCAAAGGAAGUAAAUCAUAUGAAAUGCGACAAACUAGCAAAUGCUUAGGUUUUUUUGUGUAUUAAAUAAGAGGUUGCUGAGCUACCAAACUGUACGACCCAUAAACAGCACGAGGGCUUUUCCUAAAUAAGAUGUUUUUCUCACAGAGCUGCUGCAGUGCUCCCUUUAUCUAGGGUCUGCCUCUAGACCAGAGGUCACCAACCUUUUAGAGACUGGGAGCUGCUUCACAGGUCCAGAGCAACAUGAAGGGCUAUUUGUUUGAUACAGAGAUCAAUUUUCUUGGCUCAGCCUUUAUAACAAUAGUAUAUAUAAGUAUUUAUAUAAUUACAUGCUGCCUGAUCAUAUUAAUGUUAUGGACUACUGACAACAGUUAUCAGUAAUGGUUUACCAUGGCAGAUAUGGUUAAUUGAUAUUAUGUGAUCAGACGUUCUUAGUUCACAGAAUUUAAGUUUGAUUCCCUUUUGGAGCUUUUCUGUCUGAUUCUAAAUUACCCUCAAGAGACUGAGAGUCUGGAUUGUUGCAGUAACACUUGCAGCUGCACACGCUGUACGCACUGAGAUUUUCCUUUAAAUAAAAAAAAGAAAAGUUAUUGUUUUAUUAUCUAACCCUCUUUACUAUUAGCAAAAAUGUGGAGAAAAAAUAUCUUUUGUGUCAAAAGAUAUUGUACACACAGCUGUGUACGGUCUGUGAGGCGUGAAGUGGGGCACUUCAAAGCCUAAAUCUUAUUGGUCAGUUUGCUUUUGUUUAUUUCAUGGAUUGGCAUUUUUUUUAAAAUGAAUGAGUGGAGUUUGAACCUCCCGUAGUUCUAAGAUCCCGCCUGAACGUUUUACAGUGUGCGGUUCUGGCGGGUCGCCUGUUUAUAAGGGUUUUUUUAUGGUUUCGCGAACUGAACAGCUGACGGGUCACCCGCUGGCUGACACCAGCAGAUGUCGAAAAAAAAAAGGUCUGACAGGUCAGAGGGUAGCACAAAACUAUCACUGCACCUGACCUGCAGGAGCACAACCUCCUCCCCAAUGCGCAAAAAUCAGCACAAACCUAAACCACAAGAGACUUUUUUCUUUUAUCAGACGAUGCUAAAUAAUAAAAACAUGGAAGCAAAACCUACCUGUGUGGUUCAUGGAAAGAGGAGAGUGUUGAUGGCAGGUUCAGGUGGUGUCAGACAUCCAGAGGAUGAGAAGGUGAAGCAACAUAUUUGCUUCAUUUCUACUCUACUUUGGAUAGAUUAAAUUCGACUAGAUUAAAUUGUUUAUCACGCAGUCUUAGCACAACGCUCAGGAAGAGCAGCCGACAGGUGACCCAUCAACUCUCCAGUUCGGGAAACUUCAAAGAAGUUCAUAAACCGACGACCCGUCAGAACCGCAAACGGGAAAAAGAUCUGCUGGGAUCCAAACCGCUCUUAGAAUUACGAGAGGUUCAAACUCCUGUCAUUCAUUUUUAUCUUACAGAAAAAGCCCCAAGCUGGCAAAUAAAAGUAAACUGACCAAAGAGAUUUAGGCUUUGGGUGCCCUUUGACCCCAGAGACUCAUACAGAUGUAUGCUUCGUACAAGAUGGGUUUUUUUCUCCACAAUUUUGUUAAUAGUAAAGAGGGUUAAAUAAUAAAAAAUCCAGAAAUUAUUCUUUUCUUUUUUUAAUUAAUGGAAAAUCUCAAGGUUCACAGAAUAUGUACAGCUAUACAGCCGUACAGCUGCAGGCGCUGCUGCCCUCCGAUAAAAUCCUGCAGGCGUCUGCGCAGUUCUGAACUUUAACCAUAGAAAAGAGUUUUAUACAUAAAGAAAUUUAUUUGAAACAUUUUUAUUAUUUUUUUUUUUUUAAUUCUAAAUAUAAACAAAUGUUAUUAAUUCAAUGUAAAAAGAUUCAAUUAAAUAAUUUCUUUGGCAGUGCUCCCUAAUGACAAUGACUAUUUUUAGAACUUGCUCUGCGGGCGACUGACAAGGUCCCCUCGGGCAACCGAGGGCCCACGGGGACCGUGUUGUUGACCCCUGGUCUAGACUGUUGAAGACAAAUGUCCAAGAAUGUCUCACACAUGGUCCAGAUUAGCAUUUCUAAAAUGUUGCUGCUGUAAAAUGUUUUUGAAGGUUUAGUGUGGUUUUAGCUUGUAUUUUUUCUUUGAAAUAUGCUUAUUAAUGUGAGCUUUGCUGUUUCUAUUGCUGAAAAAAUAAAUGUUUAUAUCUUUUUACUUA